AUGUGGCUGUCGAAGCCAUGCGAUAUGGCUGGAGAUCGGGAGGUCCGACGGACCACUCCACCGCGUUCAUUGGCCGGACGCAGUGGCGCGCUGGCAGGGCCCACCGUGGCAAAAUGCACUUCGAUCCGCUCCGGAGGCGACCGGAUUCCCACUUUAAUAUUAAAAUGGUUACUAAGGUACUGCAACAUCUACGCUCCAUCGACGAUCUACUCUACUGGCAAUUUCUUAUUCGUAAGAAUCCGUACUGACUCCUUCGCAGCGAGCAAUGGGUUCACGGCCGUCUACGAAUUAGCCUCCUGCGGUGGAACCGUUGUGCUACGGCCUGGUUCAAAUUAUUCGCUGACGUCUCCGAAUUACCCGGAUGUCUACCCACUUCGAAGUGAAUGCGACUGGUCAGUACGUGCGCCAAACAGCCACAUGGUCGAGGCGAGGGUUGUCCAUGUGGGCCUCACAUGGAAUGUUAAUUGCUCUACCGACAGCAUAGCGAUCCGGGACGGUAACAAAACAGCACCGUACCUCAUGGAACCGCAGUGCAACGGCCGUCAACUCGCAAAAGUCAAUUAUCGAUCAGCUAGCAGCGAAAUGACGGUACAAUUCCGAUCGAACGCUUGUGGUGGCAUUAUCACUGACCAGCAGGGUCAGUUGACCACUCCAGGUUUUCCGGGAAGACUUCUACCCCAUGUGAGGUGCCAAUGGGUACUUCGUGCUGGCAUCGGCUAUCGCUACAUGUUGUCAUUCGAGUUCACAGAGGAUCGUGAUGCUGAGGCCGGAUCUCCUCCCGCUGUCCGCAAGGCAUCUGCCUCGUUCUUCAACGGCGAGCCAAAACAUGAGGCUGUCAAUUACCGUAGCGACCGCAUGUUCUGUGAUAACCGCAAGACUUUCGUCAGUGAUGCGGAUCUUGCCACAAUAAUCUAUACGGACUCCAACACAAAGCACUACAAGGGACUUGCAGAGGAAUCAAGCGAUGACGUUUACUACGUUCCAUUCCGAGUGAAUUACACUAAGGUUCCCAACACAUUCGACAAGAGAGGAUGUGGUCUUCUGAUUUCAGGCAACACCACACAAACAUUCGGCAAUUACUCAUCAUUUGGCUCGGACACCGUUCGUGAGUACUGA